ACAGCAGUAGCACCAUGGCGUGCGCCACGCUCAAGAGGUCCUUGGAAUUCGACCCGGUGCACAGCCACGGCCGGCCCAGCAAACGACGGAGGUGCAUGCCGAUGUCGUGCGCCUCGCCCGGCGCUUCCGCGUCGUCACCACGAAGUGGACCGCUGCCGCAGAAAUCGUCGCCGUUCGGCGAGAUAGCUAGCAAAUUGACGCCUGAAAAGAUGGCUGCCAACAUCAGAGAAGAAAUCCGCAGAUUGCAGCGACGUAAACAAUUGCACUUUCAGCCUCAAACGAACAGCGGCGACUCAUCAGACAUGGAAGGACCUUCUAGUCCUUCUGGUCCAUCUGGCUCUUCUUUAACUCUCUUUAGUCAUAACACUAGUGGAAAAGAAAAACCACUUUUCACAUUUAGACAGGUUGGCUUGAUCUGUGAGCGAAUGCUCAAAGAGCAAGAAACGCAAAUCCGAGAAGAGUAUGAUAAGAUCUUACAUUUAAAGCUCUCCGAACAGUAUGACGCUUUUGUUAAAUUCACAUACGAUCAGAUACAAAAAAGAUUUGAAUCCGCAGCUGCACCGAGUUAUCUAUCAUAAGAAAAGUUUCUUAUUUAUAAGAAGACAUUUCUGUGAGGAGUAUUAGAUUUCUACUGUGUGAGACAAAUUUUGCUUGCGCCGAAGUUUGCAGCGCCGCCUCGCUUCGGGAAUCACCUCUAAAAAGAUAAAUGGUUUCAGCAGUGUCUAA